AUGGCGAGCACGGAAGUACUGUGCGCCAACGUGAUCACGGCCGCGACUACACUCGGCGGCGGUGGUUUCCAGCCUCAAGGCCAGAUCGACCUAACAUCUAUCGUUUACUCGCUCCUUCAAUUUGGCUACGGCAUCCUUGAGCGAUCAGCGCAAGUCGGUAUCGAGCGCCUCACCCUUGAUGCUGGUUAUGCUAUCGGGGGCAGACUGACACUGGGUUUCGGAGCGGCCCAGCGACUCAAGCACGAGAUCCGCUCUUCUCACGCGUUCUCCUGGAUUUGGUCCGCCGUACACGUGUGUAUGGGUACGAAACAUGUGGUACGCCGGCUCGCCGAGUCCAGAGAGGGACUUUCGAUCCUUCCGUUGGUCGGAUGCAUGUCUGAGAUGUACAACAUCUACAUGUGUGCGGAGAUCCUUGAGGGUCUGUUCGAUAUUCUUCGAAACCCUUGCGAGCUCAUGCCGUCGAAGGAUCAAUGGAUCAAGUUUGUGAUGGUGUGUCGUCAAGCCGUCCCCUCGACCGCAUUCAAGGACAUGCUAGCCCGAAUGCCAAAGUCUCGAUUCCAACCACGUCACCAUAUCAUUGCGACCACUGCGCAUGUCAGCGCUAUCUGCGAGGCGCUGGGCUACUUCCUUCGACCACAUGCAGAGCAAGCCACAGUAGUUUGCUUAGCAGGUGGGGCAGACUGUGGACGCAUCGCAGCUGUCUUAUACUGGCUGAUGGACUACUCUAUCGAGAUCUACGACGGAAUGGACAAACCACUCAUGACCCUUAUCGGUGGUACAAGAGAAUCGCAUUGGGUGAUAGCGACAUACGACAAGGAGCCGCUCCUCGGUCCUGUAUACUUCAAGGACUUAUCCUGGACUGUAUCGGACGGCUUCUGUGACGAGUUCAAUGCCUGAUCGUCGUCAACUCUUAUACAUAUGGUGCCGGAUGCCAGCUAGCGCGUUGUGGCGCCAAAUCAUGGCGGGUCUAUUUAUACGCGUAUCACAUUCGCCGCCUGCUCCUAGGGCUGACUAGCAGCAGAGCUGGUUGGUAUGUUUCAC